ACGUAUGCACAGUUUCAUGUGUGUAUUGGAAUUGGAGAGAUUUCACCCUCUCUCCGUCGAGAUGGAUUUCAGGUGAUUCUCUAAAAUUUGUGAAGUCAUAAAUUAUUCUUCUGUUCAAUAUUGUUGCGAUCUGCAAUGGAUGUGGUUAUUAUAUCGGAUGUCUUCCUCCUUGCCGCAGCUCCUCGUCUAAGAUUGGCAUACUGUGAAGCUGAGAUUGCAGAUUUCACGGCAUGUAUCUUGCAAUUCUCUAACUGUUUCAGUUUUAAGAAGAUGGGGAUAGCCGAUGCAAUUGUAGACCUUGUGGGCAGUGGAACAACUUCGAGAGAGAACAAUCUAAAAGAGAUUGCGGGUGGAGUCAUCUUGCAAAGUCAGGCGGUCCUUGUUGCUAGCAGGAAAUCAUUGACACAUUACUAUGCAAUAGUCAUAUGUGUACCGAAGAAGGCAUUUAUGAGUCUGUGCAGCAGCUGCGGGAGGGAUGACAACAGUGCAAAUGAUUAGCCAUAUUAAAGAUAACAAAGGUGAAUAGACAUGCAAAGUUAGAGUUGUUGAGAAGCGGAACAUUAGAGACUCGAGGUCCAGUCCAAAUAAGUAUAGACCUUAUGUAUUGCAAGAUCAUGAAGUAAGUGUUUUUAUAUCAUAAAUGAACUAAACAUAGAAUAUUACAAAACCAGGCUUUUGAUUAUGUUAAUUUGAUGUAUUUAUUUUAAAAUAAUAGGGCACGAAGGUUCUCACUAUGGUGAAUAGUGGAGACAUUGAUCAAGUUAAUCGAGUAUUGGAUAUCCAUAAAAUAUAUAAAAUAACAAAUGCUGCUAUGAUGCCGACUAAAUGCAUUGUCCCAUC